GCUUCGGUUCAGUAAAAUCCGAAGAAGAAGAAGAAGAGAAGAAGCUUUGGCGUUGUUAAUAUUUCUGGGUAUCAGACACUGCAGAGCAUCUACAAUGCAUAUGCACUAAAUUGCCAUGUUUUCUUCAGGUUUACUGAUGAAAUUCGGACACAAAAAAGUCUGGUUUGAACUCUGGUAAGCAUGGCGUCAGUGCUGUCACAGCUGAUGGGGCAGUGGAUGAAUGUUCAGGGUCUCCUGAUAUUUCUCUGUCUUCUUCUGCUGGUGAAACACCUGCGAGAUGUUCUUACAAACAACAUGCCGCCAGGACCUUUCCCUCUGCCUUUGUUUGGAAAUUUACUGAAUAUAGGCUUUAGUGAUCCAAUGGAAUUUUUUCUGAAGACUGCUGAGAGGUAUGGAGAUGUGAGCAUACUGUAUCUGGGAAACAAACCGUGCAUCCUGCUCACUGGAUACGAGAGUUUCAAAGAGGCGUUUGUGGAGCAGGCGGACAUCUUCACAGACCGGCCGUACUUCCCUGUGAAUGACAGGAUCUGUAAAGGGAAAGGUUUGAUCUUCUCUAGUGGACACAUGUGGCAUCAUCAGAGGCGUUUUGCUCUGGCAACACUUAAGUACUUUGGUGUUGGCAAGAAAACUCUAGAAUAUUCCAUCCUGCAAGAGUGUGGCUUUGUCUGUAGUGCUUUGCAAACCAAGCAAGGUUUGCCAUUCAACCCUCAUUACCUCUUGACCUACGCAGUGGGUAAUAUAAUAUGCAGCCUGGUUUUUGGCUACAAGUUUGAGUAUAACAACCUUCAUUUUCAUGAGCUGUUGCAAUAUUCAGAUGAAAUCUUUAAGCUGCCCGUCAAUAUCUGGGGUCGGUUCUACAACUCCUUUCCCGCUCUGAUGUCCCUGCUGCCAGGAAAGCACCAGACUGCAUUUGCCAACCUGUCCAAGCUUAAGCUCUUUUUUAAGGAGGAAGUCAGGAAGCACAAAGAGGACAGAAACCCAUCCAAUCCUAGAGACUACAUUGACUGUUAUCUGGAUGAAAUUGAAAAGUGUAAGGACAGUGAGGCUGAAUUCACAGAAGAAAAUCUGAUACACUGUGUGUUGGAUCUGUUUGGAGCAGGAACAGAAAGUACUGCUAAAUCUCUUUGCUGGGCUGUGCUCUACAUGGCCAAGUAUCCAGAAGUGCAAGAGAGAGUCCAGUCUGAGAUUGAUCAGGUGAUUGGACGGACUCGUCAGCCAUUGAUGGAAGACAGGGCACAUCUGCCGUACACCUACGCAGUGAUCCAUGAGAUUCAGAGGUUCGCAAAUGUUCUUGCUUUUAUUCCACCAAGAGUUGCCAGCAAAGACACCACAGUAGCAGGAUGUCUCAUACCAAAGGGUGUGAUGGUGCUGCCAAUGCUGAAGCCAAUCCUGGAGGACAAGAAUGAAUAUUGCACUCCAUAUGAAUUCAAUCCUGCUCACUUUCUGGAUGAAAAUGGCAAAUUUUUGAAGAGAGAAAAUUUCAUUCCCUUUUCAAUAGGUAAGAGGAUGUGUCCAGGUGAGCAGCUCGCUUGUAUGGAGCUCUUCCUCUUCUUUAUCUCUCUGAUGCAGCAUUUUACAUUCCUGCCACCUGAGGGAGAAACCCUGAGUCUCAAAAGGACAGUUGCCAUUGCUUCUGCUCCUGAACCCUUCCAAAUUCGUGCUAUGCCUCGAUAGUGCCACACGAUUGCUAUCUAAAAUAAAAUAAAAAAUCUGCUCAAUAAAGCACACUGCUGAAGCACAAA